CGGGGGCGCAGCGGGCGAUGACGUAGAUGAGCGUGCCCUCUAUAUGAGGUUGGGAAGCGCCCGAGUCGGCCUUUUCCGCCCGCUCCCCCCUCCCCCCGAGCGCCGCUCCGGCUGCACCGCGCUCGCUCCGCGCUGUCAGGCUAGCGCCACUGUCCCCAGCCGUCACCAUGAUCAUCUACCGGGACCUCAUCAGCCAUGACGAGCUGUUCUCCGACAUCUACAAGAUCCGGGAGAUCGCGGACGGGCUGUGCCUGGAGGUGGAGGGCAAGAUGGUCAGUAGAACAGAGGGUGCCAUCGAUGAUUCACUCAUUGGUGGAAAUGCUUCCGCUGAAGGUCCGGAGGGCGAAGGUACCGAAAGCACAGUAGUCACCGGUGUUGACAUUGUCAUGAACCAUCACUUACAAGAAACCAGCUUCACAAAAGAGGCCUACAAAAAGUAUAUCAAAGACUACAUGAAAUCACUCAAGGGCAAACUUGAAGAACAGAAACCAGAAAGGGUAAAGCCUUUUAUGACUGGAGCUGCAGAGCAAAUUAAGCACAUCCUUGCUAAUUUCAAUAACUACCAGGUGAAUAAACCAAAGGGUUGUAUAACCUUAACUGUGGGAUCAGAAAACAUGGCUCUAGCUGUCCUGGAACACCCUGAGGCCCAGCUACCCCUGCUUUCUGAGGUUAAAGGCAUACAGCACCACAGUGGGCAAGGAGCUGGUAUUUAAAAUGGUAGACAUUGCUUUCUUUUCAUUCAGACUGGGUUAUCUGUAGACCAGGGGGGCCUUGAACCCAGAGGUUACCUGUCAAUGCAGCUUAGGUGCUGGGACUAAAAGUGCGUGCCAACAUAUGGUAGCAUGUGUUACUUUUGAGUACCAAAGAUUUUUCUUUCCAAAUGUUGGCUAGGGUUAUUCUGGAUCUCCUUUUUAUGUUUGUGUGUAUGUGACAGUCUAAUUGUAGGUUUUCUUCUUAAGUUUUUUAUUGGUGAAAACAUGAAUCCAGAUGGCAUGGUUGCUCUACUGGACUACCGUGAAGAUGGUGUGACUCCAUUCAUGAUUUUCUUUAAGGAUGGCUUAGAGAUGGAAAAAUGUGUAAGUAUCUGUUAAAUUAGAAAAGAUAGGAGUGUGGUGAUUCUUUGCCAUCUGCAGGUAGUAGGCCUUGUAGAUUGUGAGAUUUGGGCUCUUUAUCCUGUGGGAUCUGACAAGGUUAGUGCCUUGAACAUGAAAAGGUUCUGGAGAUAGACGGGCUUGCUUGUGUAGAGUGCUUAGGGUCGUGUGAGUUUGACACUAGCCUGGUAUAAACUCAUGCAGAAUGAGUGAAAUGGGGCUAGUGUCUCUGCCCCACCGUAGUUCAAGUCCAUUUCAACAGGAUGUUUCUUUUUAGUGUUUACUAACUUCAAUAAGAAGGAAUACAACAGUGUCUGUUAUAUAAGGGACUGGUAGAGUCAGGGUAAAACAAAAGUUCCUCGUCCUGGAUUUUGGAGGCUUGUUUUGCAAGCCAAGUAGGUGAGCUUAGAACGGACUAGAGAGUGGGUGGGCACCAGGACAGUGGGGUGGAGCAAAGUAUAGAGUCAGCAGACUCCGUGAGGGGUGUUCUGCAUCCACUGAUAGACCUCGAACAGUUUAUGGUUGUUCUUCUGGUUUGCACUAGGAUGCAAAAGGAAACUCUCCCUUCGCUUCCUGCCUGCCUUUGUGGCAGUCCAGAUUGAAUUGGGGAGUACAUCUCUACACUAAGAAAGUGACAACACUGAGGCUGAGGGUAGUUAUUAAUGCCAUCUCUUUGUUUUCCAGUAACAAAUUGGAUCUAUCGCCUGUCACCAUAAUUGGCUGCUGCUUACCAUCCAUACAACACCAGGACUUAGGACAAAUGGGACUGAUAUCAUCUUGAGCUUUUAUUUUGACCGUGAUUUAUUUGGAGUGGAGGCAUUGUUUUUUUUUUUUUUUAAAGAAAAAAAAACAUGUCAUGUGGGUUGUCUAAAAAUAAAGUGCAUUUAAAUUCA